AUGGGGUCUGCCACUCAUCCACAAAGAAAUAGCAAGAAUAAUUUGUAUGCUAAUUUGAAUAAUCAUGUAAAUUAUCCACCCGCCCAACCUCAAACACUCACAAGUGCUGCUUCAUUCAAGAGACCACAUCAUUUGAAUCAGUUUGUUCAACAUUCUCCGACAAAUAGAAAAAUUAAUGAUCAUCAUGAGUUAGACAAGAUUAUGAACGAGUUAUUAGAAGAGCCAAUAUCUCCUCUGGUGAAGAAAAAGAAUUCAUUUUCCAAAGUUAAUGCAUUUCAGGUCCUUUCUCCGAGUAAUGGUGGAACUCAUCAAAACUCAGCACAAAAGAUCAGCUCCUCUGCAAUAACGACUCAUAAUAAUAUUGGACAUUUCCACACAACCUCACAUCACGACACUAGUAGCGGUAUUGCGUCAACACCAAGAAAAUGUUCAGCUGCCUUCAUUGGAAAUAGCUCAGAUGGUUUAGGUAUCAAUACGUACAUGUCUUUUAAAAGAUGUGAUGACUUGCGAUGCAUGAAAUGUGAUUUCAAAGUCAUCAUCUUUGAUGGUAAGAAGUGGAAAUCUGAUGUGAACUAUCUGUUUUUCAGAAAUAACUAUCCAGAUACUGUUAAAAAGGGUUUGAAGAAAAGGACUUUCCAGAUUAUUCGAGCUACUGUUGUCAAUGCACCUGGAUAUCUGUGA